UUCAAAAGUUUCUUCGAUUAUGAUUAUGUGAUGUGAAGCGUUGACUGAUCUAAAGAAUUACUAUUGUUGAUCAUUCCUCUUGUAACGAAUAUUCCCAUUUUUCUGGAUUAGCAACUGCGGUAUCCUCUUGUUCAUGUUCUCCUUGUUCUGUUGAGUGCGGCGGUGUGGUGGAUUGCGGUGAAGAGUCGGAUGAUCUGAAUGCAGAAUGGCGCUUGCCUUCGCGAUUGGGUUUCUACAGCCGAAACAAGACGGAUCAUAGCGCCCAACGACCCACGUGGACAACGCAAGUGGACGAUCCAAGUGUUUCUUGGUUGCGCGACGCGUCACUGAUUGCCUACCGUAGUAUUCUUUGGAUAUUGUUGCGCCCCGAUCAGCUGUCCGUGCCUGCACAAGCCGCAGCUGCCACAGGACGGUAAUACAACCGGGCCGGGAUCGAAGCCGGGAGAUCUCUCUCAUCAUAUGAAUGUAUCACAGUAGGUCGUUGUUUGAUGCGGUGGCUUGAUACUUUCCGUAAUCAUAACUGUGUUCUGGACUGGCGUUUGGCACAUUUUCUUGAUCGGCAUUAUCUAUGGGAUACCGCUGCUAGUGGAGUCGACUCCUAAAAUGGAAAAUCACCGAAGAAGAUUAUUAGAGGCAGUAUACGAUGUGAAGAAUUCCGUUCAGUGUAUGAUUGGCGUUGAUUGUCCGUUCCAUAGCCUUGUGAUUUCGCCCUGCUGUAGUGGAAUAGUGUGUCAUAAAUGCGCAGACGAAUGGAUUGCAAAACAGCCGGGUGCAAAUGCUGACGAGAAUCACGACAUCGUCUGUCGUUGUCCGAAUUGCAACGUCGAAGGGUGGAGGCUUUCUGCAGCUCUGAGAUUCACUGCGAUGUCGGAUCUGGUGCAGAAUUUAGACACCGUCGUAUCGUUGGUGACCAUAGCACCGGAGAUUCCUCUUCCGGGAAUGAGUUCGAUUGUACUCCCGCUGAAUACUUUCCGCUGCGCUUUUCCAGAAAGUUUUGACGGAUAUGAAAACAAGGGGAAGUUUUAUCUGAGCGGUAAUGACCUCACGCGGCUCAAUAUAUUCGCCAGGAUCACGCAGAACGUUCCAAUUUUCGGAAACUCCGACGUUGACUGUGAGCUGAUGGGCAAUGAGCUCCAUAAAUACAUUCGCUUCUCAAUGGAUAUGGAAAAGGCGGUCCGGGAGUGGGCGGAGUUCUUGGCAAAACACAAAGGUCGACCUAGACUUGCCUCUUCUGCCUUCCUACCCCGCAGUCUUCAGAAGCCUCCAUCUGUUAAAGACCAGGCGUCGGUGUCGUGCUAUGUCUACGACUGGAUUAAACCGUUUCUUUCAAACUCGCCGGAGACGGCGAAAAGUAUGCUGGACUCUGUGGGACUUUGCCGCCUCGCCACCCGUCGGCUUGAUCUGUCCUUGCCGCACAAGCAUUGGACAGAAACUGCAACCUGCCAUUGCGUGAUGUGUCUGAUUAGAUCGGAAGUCCGUUCUUAUUUAAACCACGCUCAUAAAUGGUCAAAGGGGGAGUUCUAUUACGUCUUGUGUACCCUCUGCGGUGAGAAAAUCAACUGGCUGCAUAUUAGCACGCAUAUGAGGAAGAUUCAUGCGAAACAGUUUUAUCUGAAAUGCCGAGGCUGCUUCGCUCCUUUGUCUGGACCUUUUUAUAAAGGUGACGUUGCACGUGCAAUUGAAUGCAACGCUCGGGAAUGUCCUCUGGCUUCCGGACCGCUGGCCACGAGGGAGCGAGUGAUUCCACCGCAUACAGUUUUCGACAUCCCGCCACUGAACAUCCCUUUGACGGACGACCUGAUCGAGCUGGUGACAUACGAGACUGUGAAGGAUGGAAGUACUCAGCUCGUCAUUUUGUGCAACACGUAGAAAAAUGUAUGCUCCUUUGGCUUAGACACGCAUCCUGUCGGUCUUGACCGCUGCGACUGUGGUGUUUCUGGUUCGAAUUAGCCGAGCGC